AUUUCCUCCUUGAUAAUAAAACAGUUGGAAAGGAUUCAGGAAACUUUACUGCUGCCCAAAAAAAUUCAAUGGGCUCAAAAUAUGAACUAAAGCAUUACUCAGAUUUCAGAGCUGAGUAAUUCUACAGAAGCUAGACAGCUUGUGGGUGUAUUUGGAUAUCUAAUCUUCCAGUGUUAGCUUACCACAGUGCCAUACAACCAUGGGCAAUCCUGUUGUUUGUAGCAUGUGUGAAAAACUUCUAAUUAAGUGCAGAAUGGUAGCCAAGCUUAAGAGAUCACUAUAAUUAAGUGAUUUCCAGUAUGAUUUCAUGCCCACUGCAGCAUAUUACCACUUGGUAAGUAACAACUAUCCUCACAAUAUCGGAACUAAUUUAGACCAGUUAUGAAAUAUAAUUAUCAAAAAAGGAUAAAUCCCUCCAGCAUAUGAAGAACAGAAGACUUGGCUUUGCUCUGAAAGACUAAAUUACUAAAGCAUAGUUUCUCAAGGCUUCUCUUUAACCUUUCAUUUAACAUUUCUCUUUUCAUUCUCUAGCUGCCAGGAAAAGUUUCAAAUGAGAUCCACAUUUCUAAGGAUCUGUUACUGCAAUUCACAGCUCUUGCCAUGCAGAAAAGUGAAAAGGUUUGGCCAGUUUUACUGAUACUUUUCAGAACAAGAUGUUAGGAGCAGCAAGUCUUUCUAUAAUAAAUCUUCUAUAAAGAUAAAAGAGGUCCUAUCUGUUGGGGAUGACUUUUCAGGAAACCAGAGUUGUGUAGAAAGGGGAAAUGAAGUAAUCCAGAGGAAUUUUUGGUUGGAAAUCAGAAUACAUUGCAAAUUAUAGAAAAAGAAGUGUCUGUCCCACUCAAGGGCAGGGACAGCUGCUAGUCAAACAAUUAGGAUGGUUACUGAAAAUGAUUUAAGAUCCUACAUGUUUGCUGCACCAAACUGUCUUUUCUGCUGUCUGUUCUCUACUGUUGGGCACAUUGUGGCUGGUAGAUUUGUAAGUGAAGGAACCACUUUUCUAAAGUUCCGCUGGGAGGAGCUGGAAUCAAAGACCCCCCCGCCCUCUUCCAGUUCCUCUCCCACUCUGUAUUAUGACACUUCCCUCCUGUUGCAAUGGAAUGAGAAGUAUAUAUGCAACCUCCAAGGCUGGCACACAUUUUCCCUAAUGCUAGAAAUGAAACUGGAACUCUUCUUCCAGUCCACCCCUGCAGUGCUCCCCUUUUGCCUUUCACAGCAGAGUUUCUGCAGAGGUAAGUGCCACAGUAGCUUCCAUGGGGCUGAGAUGUAAUGAUGCCACAUUUCUCCCUCUCAGGUUGGACCUAUCUCUGAGCCACUGGAAGGAGGUGAUUCAAGACAUCCUAUGCCCCUGCAAGGCUCUUCCAGUGACAGUGGGUUGCAUCUUUAAAAGCCAACUUUUUACUGCCUUGUAUGCCUCUGCUUUCAGUAGUUUUGUUCUGAUUUUGACUUGUUAGACACCUAGAGCUUUUUAAAAGUGGGGCAUAAUGAUUUUAAAUAACUAGACUCCAGCAGUAGGACAGAAUCCUCAUUUUGGACUUCAGUGCUGAUUUAAUCUGUAUACCUGGAAGGUGGCAUUGGUAAAUUUAUGAUAUGCCGAUUACAAAUUGUACAUAUUUCAUAGAAGAUAUUCUCCAAUUUCAACACAGUAGGGUUGUAAGUGAAUGAAUGCAACUUAAAAUAUAAUUCUUACUUUUUUUACUUGCUAAAUUGAUUUUUUAAAAAUGACUGGGCAAAAUAAAUUAUUAAAAUAGCCAUCCAAUGACACUUAUCUUGGAAAAUGAGAGAUGGAAAGCAUGGGCUUGGAUUUUUUUCAUAUGUAGGAUAAGUGUAAGGAGCAUAAUAUACAUACUAUACUUAGUUUUUAAUUUAUUAAAGCAUUUUAGCAAAAUAUGACAUUAGAUACCCCCUCUCUUUUAUGCUCUUAGAAUUGCAGGCUAAUGGAAAGUUGGAGAUUAAACUGGUGGAGAAUGACUGCUGUGAACUGUAUGAAGUUCAGUCUAAUUGUGGAAAAUUCAAAAAAGCCCCUUGCUUCUGGGCUUCGCUUAACAGCCACUGUGGAGUAUCACCCUGACACUGAAAAAGAUCUUCAGGAUAGGCUACUUCUUCACAUAGGAAAAAAGAUAAUUGAGAUUCCUCUAAUAGGAUUAAUCCCCUGCUGUUGCCUUGAAAUUGAACCUGAGAUAAAUUUUGGCACAGUAAUUGCAAACAGUAAAGUAAUAAACAAGGAGAUAAGAAUUACUAACUAUGGAUCAUCUACAGGUACAUUUGAUAUAAAAUAUAGAGGAACUGUUGCCAUUGUUAUAGCUCCAACCAGUGGGGUGGUAGAACCUCACUCAGCACAGUCUGUUAAAAUAGAGAUUUGUACUGAUGUUCCCAGAAUAAUGAAUGAACCAGCCAUUGUGGAAUUGCAGGGGCGGACCAGUGCUGAGAUAAUGAUCAAAGCUAAUAUAGUGGAGCAAAUUCUUGAGGUUUUAGCUGUGUCUCAUUCGGACACAAUACACUGUGUUAAUUUUGGAUGUGUCUAUUUUGGGACAUCAAAGACUGAAGAUGUCAUUCUUCAUAAUAAAAGUCCAGAGUCUAUGGACUGGGUGGCAGUUCUGCAGGAUAAUGCUGUUGGCAUUGAGAUGGGUACAGAUAUUCAGAAGAGUUCAGAUGCUGUUUUAAAAGACUUGGAUUAUUCCAAUGGAAAACCAGGAGUAGAUGUUUCCACACUGAUUGCCUGCAUUCCUAAUGAAGGAACACUACAGCCUUAUCAGAAAAUUAUGGUUACCCUUUGCUUUAGUCCAAAGCAGCUCAAAAGGGACAGGAGUCUUGAAAGAACUCCAUCAAGACAAGAUUAUGUUCUCUUCCUCAAAUUUGAGGCCAUAGGAAGUAAAAACGACUUCUUGCAAAACAUGACUGGUGAUGAUAUACCUACCAAUGUUGCUGUUACAGAGAAUAAUCCCCAUGAGGUUGAGCUGGGUUUGACAGGCUCAGGACUUCCAGUCAUGUUGACAUUUAACCCAGGACCAGUUGUCAAUUUUCAGGAGUGUUUCAUGGGUGAACAUACAGAUAUUAUUUGCUCACUCAAAAAUCAGUGUGAUAUUCUUCCAGUGUCAUAUGUUUUCCGUAAGAUUGCGCAUUAUAAUAUUUCUCCUGAAAAAGGAAACAUAAAAGCUAAAUGUACACAGGAUGUAUUGUUUUCAUUUGUUCCUCGUCACAUGGGCACCUUUGCAGUAAAGCAGGUGGUAGAUAUCAUUGGUCCAGUGGCAAAGAAAGAUAGCUUAUCAACUCUGAAGAUGAAACCUUUCCAUCAAAUACAGUUAAUUUUUUCUGGUCUGUGCAAAUCUGUAACCAAUAAAGUUGUGCUGAAAACCAAUCCUGGCUUAACACCACUGAUUUCCAAUGCAACGGGAGUAUUUGUAGCUAACAAGGGGGACAAACACAGGGAUAUUGCACCAGUAGCACUUCUUAAAUCGGAGCGGACACAAAUUCAUGCCCAUCGGAUUAAUAGGAACGUGAGCAAUGCAAUUAUAGCUCUUCCUAAUGAUCGUCCAGCUAGUAUAAGACCUGCUGAAUUGCAUAAGGAUUACAGGACUAUUUUCACAAAAGUUGGCAGAUACUGUUAUGUGGAUCCAGAAUUUUCUUACACUACAUAUGAAGAACUGGAGAAACAGCUUAAUAAGGAUUAUUAUGCAGGGUAUAUCCGGAGCUUAAGACAGCAUCGAUUACAUAAAAAAGCCUCUUGGAUCUUUGAAAUGCUUAAUAAUCCUGUGGAUAUUGGGUUAAAGCCAGCAUCAGGACUGAAAUCUCCAAGGCACAAGAUUUUACUGCAAGAGGAAUUGGAGGAUGAUGUUGCUGGUAUAAGUGAAGACAGCCUGUUAACUAGCCAGCAUCUGGCAGAAAUGGAAUCUAAAUCCAUAGCUAAAGAGAUCAGUGAUGGGUUUAAUCCUGUACCAUCUUCUCCACAAGAGACUGAAGAUUGUAGUUUAAUAUUGACAGCAAAACAACUUCAUCAGAUAUUGAUCGGCCCCUCCACUAUUGAUUUUGGGGAGGUUUGUGCACAUUCUGUAUCUACCAGAAAAAUGUAUAUUGUGAAUAAUCUUCCCAUGCAUGUCUGGAUACAAGUAGAAAUUGAAAGUGAAGAACUGCAACAGACCAGUCCUUUGUCUCAAGUCAUUCCACCAUUUACAAAGACUUAUAUUCCAAUUGUGUUCGAGAAUGACAAAUUGGGAAACUUUCAAAAAUCUUUCAUGUACUCAGUAAACAAACAUCACACUGGAUAUGUGUUAGUGGUAGCAAAAACGGUACCUGUUGCCUUGGAGCUGUCUACAAGGGAACUGACUUUAACUCCUGCCUUUAACUUCUUAGCAGAAUAUGGAUUUAGAGCAACAGUGACCUUAUACAAUCGAAAAAAUUACCCUGCAGAGUUCUCCUGGAAGCCUGUAAUCAAAGAAGAAGCAAUGGUGUUUUCCAUAUGCCCAGAGAAAGGUGUUGUAGAAGCAUGUAAAGACCUAGAAUGUGAAGUAGUUUGGCAUCCAAGUUUCUCUUCUCCCACAACAGGAGAAUUUGACUUGUGUGUUCAUCAGGGAAAAACACUUAAACUUAAAUGUUUUGCAAAGCUUGGCUCCACUAGUGUUCAGUUUAAGGAACAAAGGAUAACAUUUAAUCAUGCUCCCCUGCGUUUAACUACCUGCAGGACAGCCAUUCUUCAAAACAUGGGGCAUAACCAUGCAUAUUUCCAGGUCCAUGAUGCCAAUCCUCUUCCUGGAAUGUUUAUUACACCUUUUCAGGGUGUAGUACCUGUGGGAGGCCGCACAGAAAUAAAAAUCUACUUCAGACCGAAUGCAUUAAUGAAAUUUGAUAGUAGAGUGGAGGUUGCUGUACGGAAUGCAAAAUCUCUGGAACUUAGGAUUGGGGGAUCUGUAGAAGUUCCUGACAUAGAUAUUAGUGUGCACUCCUUUAACUUCCCUGGUGUUUAUCUUGGCUCUACCCAAGAGAUUCCGUUUUUUAUUGAGAACAAAGGAAAAACACAUGCCAGAGUGACAAUGGAUUUAUCCAGACAUGAUGACUUCACAUUACAUUUUGCUCUCCAGUCAGAUAUGGGCAUCACACCAGAGGCAACUCGUUUGUAUUCUGCAACCAUAGAAGCAAAUUCUGCUUUGGAAUGUUCAUUGAGUUUCACUCCAAAAGAAGUGGCAGCAUAUGACUUCACUCUUCCAAUAAGCAUUAACAGUGGAGCUACACCAUCUUCAGCAAAUGCCACAAAAAUGACAAGUCCCAUUGGAUCAGCAAAGCAUAUCAUUGUCCCACGGCCUCAGUCACUGAUUAUACCUACUCGAGUAUGCGAAGUACAAGCAAUUGUAUUACAACCACCACUGGAACUUUUUCCUAUGGAACUUGUAUUUCAGUACGGUGUAAGAGGUAUCAACUUGGGUGUGAUAAGUGACAGCAGUAACAUAAAGAAACUACAGCUGAGCAAUAUCUCAAAGCAACAAAUUACGUGGAGAUUUGAUCUUGAUGCUGCAGGAAAAGCAGUAGAUGAUGGUAUCUUCAAAUUUAGUUUACAUUCUGGGAUUCUCUACCCAGGUCAAUUCACAAUUGUUACUAUAUGCUUCUGUCCAUAUUUUCCUGGAACAUACAUAGCUCAAGUGCCAGUGUUUUUGAAUGAUGAAACAGCAGUUUACAGAACAGUCACUUUAUCUGGGGCUGUGAAGUCACCCAAGAUUAACUUUGAACCUCCACUUUUGAUACUGACUCCUGUACCUCUCAAUGUCAAAACAGGAGCAGAUGUCCAUGUAAUUCCACAGGGUUAUUUAAGGCGGUCAGUUAUACAAGUUGAAAUUCCAGAAUUGGAUUGUGGAGGUUAUGAAGAUGAUGACCAGAGUAAUCCCUUAUCUGUUGACUUUCCAAAUGGCAAUGUAAUUGAAAUAGGUUCAGAUGGAAACAGUAUUGGAUUCACUUGCUAUGUUAGUUUCAGAUCCUCAAAGCCAUUGUCCUUUUUAAAGGAGUUGGUUUUUAUAGAUGGGGAAAAAAACAGAUUCUCCCUUCAGGUGUCUGCAAUAACAGAGAACUGUAUCCUUACUGUCUAUCCUUACUUGGCAUCUCACCUUACAGACCAUCAGAUUAUCUGGAGAAGUGACACUGCUGAAAUCAUUUACAACACAAGAGAAACUUUGCAACAUUCAUGCUACAUUCCAGGAACAUGUUCAUCAACGUCUUCAAGUACUUUUGACACAGUUAGCAGCUCUCCUUAUGACAGUUCCAUUGCAGAAUUAGAAAUGAUGCUUGAAAAUGAAAGGAUAAAGACUGAUUUUAUCAGCAAAAGUGGACAGAUUAAUUGCACAUUUGGACAAUCGUUUUUUCCUGCUGAAGGCACACAGGAAUAUGCCUUUUUCCAGAAAGUUAUUACAGCAGUUCAGAAUUGGUUUACUCUCUUCGGGUGGUCUAAAGGACCAAAUCCCAUUUCUAUUCCACAUUCCCUGAGACGUGAUGUCUGUAAAAUUCAGAUGACUUCUUCCGAUGAAAAAGUUAAAGCAAAUCUUGGUAAAGAUAUCAAGACCAUUUAUGAUAUGCUGCUCCAUCUGUGUGGGCAGUUAUUGCCCGGCAUUAGUUCAAGCCAAUCUUUGCCCUUUGAUCCUGUCCACCGUGUGGUGCAGCUCCACUGGCAACAUACUACAAUGCUCACUUUUCUCAAAGGCCAAGGAGCAUCCCUUUCUCACAUUUUGCCGCAAUUUCUUCUUGACUUUGAGGAUUAUAAGAAGUGGAUGUCUUUACACCUUAUGGAAAAAGUUCAGAAGCUUAAUCCUGGUGAUAGCUUUAUAUAUGUUUUGGAUGAAUCUCUGUUUGAGGCUAUGAGCAAACGAUCAUGGACAGAUGUGCUGCUUCAGAUAUACAAGAUUUUGGUUCUCCAGCGUGUCUCUGUUCUUGAGGACUAUAGCCAGACCAAUUCAGAAGACACAGAACACAUUCCAAGGAUAAGUGUUGACCCUUUGUCUAGUAAUAUAUAUUCUUCGUGUGAAAGAAUUCUUCUUGUUUGGAUGAAUAGACAUUUUGAGAAGAUGCGAAAAAUUGUAUGGAAGAACUGCAAGAAAGGUGAUAUACCUCCUACAAGAUGGAUAGUAAACUUUGAUAGAGAUCUCCUAGAUGGACUUGUCCUUGCUGCCCAGGUAGCAAGCUAUUGCCCUUAUUUGAUUUCAACUCACUUUGUCAAUAUGUACACUAACCCAAAAGCUCCUGAGCAGUAUCUUCAUAAUUGCUUGAUCCUUGUAAAUGCUUUUCAUGUAAUAAACCUUGACAUAGAUGUACUGGCUGCUGACAUAUGUGAUCCAAAUCCAAUCAUGAUGCUUAUGCUUUGUGUCUAUUUAUAUGAACGGCUUCCUCAGUAUAUGCCAAAGAAAUCUCUUGAGUUUACUGGCCCACUUCAUGCUACUGUUGUUAGAAAGAUGUUACUGAAAAACCCAAGUGUCAGGCCUUUGGUAUACAAUGCUACCAUUUUAGGAAGAGAAUCUGCAGAUUUUGCUUUACCCAAAGGAAACACUGUCACUAUUUCCCCAAAGAGCCAUGUAAGUGUAAAUGUGGAAUUUACUAGCCGCUUCCUAUAUCCUGCUGAAGCUGUUCUGCUGCUUGUUUCCAAGGCUUUAUCUGGCGUGGGCGGGGCUACCAUGGCUUUCACCCUGAAGACUAAAAUUAGCCUUGUUAAACCUGAGGGUAUCUUAAAAUGCAAAUCACCAUGUUAUGAAUUGAAGAAACUCAGUCUUCAGGUUACAAGUCCUUUCAAAAUUGAUGGGUCAUUCAGGGUCAUUUUAGUGGAAUCAACAAGUUGUAUCACUGAGCCAGAGAAGCUAGAUCAUGUCAGCCAAAUAAAACAAGGAAAAAUAAAAAGCUUCGAAACUGAUAUCCUGAGGAAUACACAUGAUGUGGUAGAUGUAUGUGAAUCUUACAGUCAAGGAGACAUUUCAAGUGCUGGUAAUGAAAAGAGCUGCUUGCAAGAAUUCUUCAGCCCAGUGAAUAUAAUAUUCCUGAAUGGAGGGAGUUCUACAGUGCUCAGCCUUCACUAUCUCCCUUUUAAUAUGGGAAAACGUUAUUGUGCUGUAAUUUUUGUCAAUGAACAGAUUGGGGAAUUCGUGUACCUGGUGGAGGGAACAUGUGGUUUACCAUUGCCUUCAGGCUUGCUUCCGCUGGAUAGCCCAAAUGUUCUGUGCAUUAGCAGUAUGUUAGAAGGUCAGAAUGGAACACAGCCUGUUCUUUGUCUGAAAUGUUGUCUUACUAAUACACUUGAAGAAAAGCUAAAGCUCCCCUUAGUCAACGAAGCCAGGGAGAAGGCUUUGGCAAUUGCUGCACAACAGCAGAUGUCUGCCUUGGAGUAUAUGCGAAGAGAGGCUACAGGGACACUCGAGAGCAGCAGUGUUCGAGUUGCAAUAGCAGCUUUAGGGAUGUCAAAAGUUGAGAAAGGGGUUCCACCGCAUCAUCCUAAAUUCUCUGAAAAAUACAUUGAGUACAGCGUUGAAGUAAGCAUGCCUGAGUGUUUUGAAGUUUCUCCAAAAAUAUCUAUACCUGUGCUGACAUCAAGCAGAGUUAAUUCCUUGCAAUCAGGAAAAGGAGAUCAUUGGCCUGCGAAAAAAACAGAAGACAAUGCUGUUGAGCUUCCUAUAAUAUUUAAACCUCAAUUUCCUGGCCGAUAUCCUUGUCAAAUUCUUCUGCAGUCCAUGCAUGACAUCCGCCUCUUUCAGAUAGAAUGUAUGGUGAAUACAGAUACUGCUGAGGCUGAGCUAGAGUUUGUGACUCCAGCAUAUCAUGCAGUGACUCAAGACAUCCCAAUAACCAACCUAAGUCAGCAAGAUUGGAAACUAAUAGCCAAUUUAAAGGGCUGCUGUUUCUUUGGCCCUCCACUUCUGUAUGUAGCCCCAGGUGAAACAACUCCCUACACUCUUAUGUUCAAACCAACUGCUGAAUGUGUAACUAAGGGGAAGCUUAUUUUACAAAAUGAAGCAGAUGGCACCGAUCAUGUCUUUCUCCUGAAGGGGAUUGCAACAAAACCAUUGGCACUGGAUCAUAUUAAGAUAGACUGCCAAGUUAGACAGAUUACGCAGAAGGUUAUAAUGGUCCCCAAUUUUACCAAGAAUGAAUUGAAAUACAAGGUAUCUUCAGAUCUUCUAAUCGUCAGUGGUGACCCAACUCUCACUGUAGAACCUGGUGACACAGCUGCUUAUACUCUGAACAUAUCUCCAUGGAAACGUGGAGAAUUUAAAGGUGUAAUUGUAUUUGUUGCUGAAGAGAGUGAACAACAGCAACAAAACAACCUACUGGAGAAGACAGAUGGUAUACAGGAAUAUCAGAAAUUAUCAGCAGAGGCACUGCAAACAGUCAAAGCAGCAAACACUGUACAAAGAUCACCAUGCUGCAAAGUUUGGUUUUCCCUGGAGAUACAUAGUAUACCUGCACCACCAGAAAAAACUCUGGAUGUGGAAUGUGCAGCUCUGGAUACAGUUACCAUUGAAAUCCCUAUAACCAAUCCCACUGCUGACACUCUGCCAUUGGAUGUGAUGCUAAUAGAUGCUGCUACACUUAGUGGUGCAACAGAGCUUGUUCUUGAACCCAAAGAAACAUUGUAUUAUGAAGUAACAUACUCUCCAGCUGUUACAGGGAGAAUGGAUGGAAGUGUUAUAUUCCUGUCAGAGAAAUUUGGAGAGUUUUGGUAUGCACUGAAACUGAAUGCACAGAAACCUAAGCCAACCAGGUUGCCUGAAGUAGAGUGUGAACUUGGAAAAUGUGUUCGUCAGUAUAUCCCUCUGGUUAAUCCAACAUAUGAAAUUCUGGAACUGAAAUGUCUAAACACCAAUCCGACCCAUUUUUCAAUGGAUAUAGACUUAAAAACUAAUCUGAUUGUAGCUCCACAUUCCACUACAGAAGUACCAGUUCAGUUUUGUCCUUCUGCCCUGGGAAGAGCCAGUCACACUGCAAGAAUCAGUUUCACAUGUUCACAGCUUGAGGAAUGGAUAUUUUUCUUGUCUGGGAUUGGUCUGAUUCCGCAGCCAAUGGAGCCAGCUAGUGUAAGUUCUUGCCUUGGCCACCAUUCUUCUAUCAUCAUAAAUUUCAAGAAUCCUACAUAUGAAGAUGUACUGGUAGAUGUCAUUUUAACAGCCAGUUUCAGAUCCAUAAGAGGACCUCUCUUCUUAUCUUAUAACUGCUAUGCUUAUUCAGGAGUUACUGCUGAGAGAUUUGGUCAAAAGGAUUUUUGAAGUCCAAGUAAAAAGUAUAGAUGCAAUUCCCAUUUUCAUUUGAUGCCAAACAAUAAUUUUAUUUAUUUUUGACAAAGCAGCCCCUUCUCACACUAUUCCAUAACACAGAAACCUCAAAUUAAUCUGGACAAAGCAGAGCAUGCGAUUUUCUCUUCCAAGCAUCAUAAUCUCCUUUUAUGUGGCCUCUGAGUUCUUGUGUUAGUGGAAUAUCCCAUAAUGCUGCAACUGCUGAGGUGAUGUAAUAGGCUGGUGAUGAUGUUAACAUGAUUACAGUCCAUACUAUUUGUUUGUUUGUUUAUUAUCUUUCUAAUUCACCCAGUAACUAAUGUUCUCUGGGGUGAUUGCAACAAUUAAAAGAAUAAAAUAUAGAACACUUAAAAACAUAAAUUGAAAGAAGCUAUUUAAAAGAGUAAGGAAAUGCAGAACAAUGAACAGCAAAGGAAUUGACAGAACAGGCACAAAACUAGCACUAGGUCUCUAAAUUGUGUGGGAGAAAAGCUAGCAAUGUAGGUGCAAGGAUAACCUCUUCUUCAUUCCAUAAGUGAGCUUCCACAACUGAGGGGACUUUCUCUCCUAUAGCCACCCAUCUAGUGCCCUUCAACUGGGCCUCCUAAAAGACAGCCUCUGAAGAUGACCUAAAGGUCCCAGCAGGUACCAAACCAUUUAGGGCUGUAAAGGGCAAUGCUAACACUUUGAAUUUGGCUCAGAAAUUAACUAGGAGCCCAUGCAAUUGAUGCACUGGCAUCACAUGAUCAUAUCAGCCAAUCCUGAUUAUUUUGAACUAAAUAAAGUUUUGGAACUGUCUUCAAAGGUAGGCCCAAGUACAGAACAUUGCAGGAACCCAGCUGGAAGAUUACUAAAGCACGGAUAAGGGACUUUCUCUGUCACCAGCCAGACUCUCCCUGUUCAGGUUAGCUCACCUACUGGUAUACCAGCUUAAACUGAUGAAAGGCAUUACUGGCCACUAAGGCUACCUGGGCAUUAAGUGACAAUCAUGAAUCUGGGAGUAGCCCAAAGCUGCAUGUCCAAUCUUUCAGAGGGAUAAAACCCUCUCAACAGCAGUAUGAAUGCCAUUCAAGCAGGCAGAUAAACCACCUCCUAGCAGUAGAUCUGUCUUGUCUGGACUGACCUCCAGUUUGUUGGCCCAUAUCUAGUCUUUUAUCUUGUUCAGGCACCAAUCCAGGAUAUCCACUGCCUCUUUUGAGGCUGAGGAAAAGGAGAGGUAGAGUUGGGUGUCAUCAACAUAUUAAAGCAUCUCAGCCCAUAUCCCCAAAUAACAUUCUCCACUGGUUUCAUGUAGAUGUUAAAUAGCAUGGGAAAUUUAACUGAGCCCUGUGAAACCCCAGGUGUGAUAUAGUUGCCAUAGAACAGAGCAAUAAUCUUUCAGCAUCAUCUUACAGAAGCCACUUUCCAAGAAGGAAUGGUGUCACCAUAAAAUAGCGACCCCAGCUCCCUACUUAGACAGGCAAGUCCAGAAUAAUGCCAUAAUUAAUUGAUUGUGAUUAUUUUCUUUUGCUGCAUUCUCCAGUGCUUGCAGUUGCCUUAGAUAAAAUUCUGGUCAGUUUGAAGCUAUGAAUGGUACUGUGAGAGCCAGUGUGGUGUAGUGGUUAAGAGCAUGGGACUGGGACUUAGAAGAUACGGGUUCUAGUUCCCACUCAGCCAUGGAGCCAGCUGGGUGACUUUGGACCAAUCACAGACUCUCAGCCCAACCUAUAUCACAGGGUGGUUGUUGUGGGGAUAAAUGUGAGAAUUUUCAAUUUAGGGAACUCCUGCAUUAUCCAAGAGAAUUAACUGAGCCAACAGGGAUGCCCUUUGUGAAUUAGGUC